AUGCAGCCGCCGCAGUCCCAGGCGAGAGAGGCGAGGCGCGGCACGCUGGCCGCGAAGGUGGCCGCUCCCCUGGCCGCGGUGCUGGCCGCCCUGCUGCUGCUGAGACGGGCCGCGCGCCGCGGCGCCGUGCCGCUGGUGGGGGCGCUGGGCGCCGCGCUGCGGUCCUUCCGGGCAGCGGUGUCCGUGCUGCCCGAGGAGAUCAGAGGCCCUCUGAUGGGCACCGUGUACCUGUCCGUGCCGGUGUCGAUUAUGGGCGCCCUCGGGGGCGUCUCCUGGAAGGUCUACGGCAUCGUGCAGACACGCUUGGCGCACGUCGUUGAGAAGCACUGCAAGGUCUCCCUGAGCUUCAGCAACAAGGACAAGCACUACGACUCAGUUGUCGACUACAUCGGCUCUCGCUGCAGCGUCACGACAGGCAAGCUGCUGGCGUCUACGCAGCCACGGUCACAAUUGAGCUUCCAGGAAUUGUUGGCAGGAUGGUUGGGCGGGAAGACAAAGUCCCCCACGCUGUAUUAUCAGCCAGACAUACAGAGCUUCUCCAAUAACUUCUUUUGGACGGACGAGGAGGGAAUCACGCACAAGUUUUGGCUCGAGCGCCACAUCGACAAGCCGCAGCUGCGGACUGGGGAGAGCAGCAAGCAGCGGGACCCAGAGGUCAUCGUCCUUACUCUGUGGUGGACGACUGACCCGAAGCCACUCAAGGAAUUCUUGGCUGCAGCCCUGAAGACCAUGCUUCGAGACGACAGCGAGGGAAAGGUGGAGAUACUAGUGAAGCACCAGUGGUUCCCCAUGUGGUCGAAGGCCGUCUCGAAGGAGAAGCGCGACCGCGACUCCAUCGUCUUGGACGAGAAGCUCGCGGACUCUGUGGUCGAAGACAUGAAGCACUUCUUCACCAAGAAGACGGCCGACUGGUACCACAGCGCUGGCAUCCCCUACCGACGCGGGUACCUCCUCUACGGCCCCCCCGGCUGCGGCAAGACCACGUUUGCGCAGGUGCUGGCGGGCGAGCUGGGGCUUGACGUGUGCUUGAUGAACCUGUCCAACAAGGACAUGAACGACGACGACCUGGCGGAGCUGCUCCGGGCAGCCCCGCCGAGGUCCAUGCUCCUCCUGGAAGACGUGGACGCGAUCUUCGUCGAGAGGGCCGCGAACAGCACCAAGAAGGAGCAGGGCGGCGGGAUCUCCUUCUCGGGCCUCCUCAACGCCCUGGACGGCGCGGCGGCGCAGGAGGGGUGCGUCAUCGUGAUGACGACGAACCACAAGGACCGCCUCGACGAGGCGCUGAUCAGGCCCGGGCGCUGCGACGUGCACGUGCACAUCUCGGAGGAGGGCGUCGCAGGACCAGGCGAGGCGGAUGUUCUACCGGUUCUUCUCGAGGGCCGUGGCCGUGAGGUCCGCGGAUGGCGCCGGGACGGUGACCACCGCAGACCCCCACGGCUUCGCUACGGGGGACGCCGUCAGGUACAAACAAGGCGGGGGCGACCCCCUGGUGGUACAGGGGAGCCGGUGCCUGGAGGACGGCGCCACCCUGUACGCCCGGGCGGCGAGCGGAAGGCAGCUCGAGCUGUGUGCCACCGAGGCGCUGGCCCGCAGCGGGGGCGCGGCCGCAGCGCUGCCGCUCGGGGGCGGCAGGGACACCAAGCUGCAGGCCGUCCCGGAGGCGGCGGCUCGCUUCAGCUCGAGGAGAUACCCGAGGGGCAGGUCAGCAUGGCCAAGCUGCAGGGCUACCUGAUGAAGCAGAAGCUGGCGGCCGAGCAGCACUUCAAGGCGCUCAGGGACAGCGACGCCCUCUCGGGGCCGCUGGCCCAGCUGGACCCAGCCUCGGAGGACUUCAAGCAGCUGUGGGUCGACGAGGUCAACCGGUUCGCGUCGGAAGCGGCGGUGCUGAACGUCCAUGAACUCCUGGACGUGACGGCCGAGGCCGAGGAGGUGAGGACCAGCAUACACGACCACUUCCGGAGGGUGGGCGUCCACCGCUUCGCGCCGAUCUUCGAGCACUUCGGGAUCCGGGAGAAGCGCGACCUGCACCUCCACCCGAACCUCAAGGACCGCAUGGGAAGCUGGCACCCCGACCUCAAGUGCGGGCCCCUGCGGGACCGGCUGGUGGCUCUCUUGGACGGCACCGAGGCCGUGAACAGGCCGUACAACUUGGCGGACUUGUCGUCGCUCCGCGACCGCUUCAUCGAGGCCUUCCAGGACUCGGCGCAGCCCGGGGACGCGCGGCAGGAGGCGCUCCCACGCGGCAGCGUCUCCCCACGGGACGCCGCGCUCUCCGGCGCCGCACCGCCGAGGCUGAAGCUGCUGCGGUCGAGCAGCGGGCUGCGGGAGGAGGAGCAGCUGAACCUGCUGGACAUGGCCCACAAGUUCCAAGAGGCCCUCGAGGACAGGGGCAAGACGGAGGUGUCGCUGUGGCAGCUCGAGGUCCACUUCCGGCGCUACGCGCAGGACCCGGCGGGGGCGCUUGAGAACUGCCGCCGGCUGCUCCGCCCCAGCAGGAGCCGCUCAGCGACAGAGCGACAGCCCCGGUGGAUGACGACCUUUGGCUUCCUGCGCCGACUCGGUCUGGAGAGCCAUGCCUUCGACCUGGAGGACGCGGGCUUCAACAUGUGGCAGGACUGGAAGCACCUCAGCGUAGACGACCUCAAGGGCAAGGCGGGCAUGUCGGACAGAGAGGCCACCCUGUGCCACGCCGUGCUGCAGGCGAACACGGAGAGGCCAGACCUCCUGCACAUGUUCCAGCUCGGGGAGUUCGCCGACAUCGAGGACGCCUUCGCGAAGCGCUUCCCGGAGGCCUCCGCGCAGCAGGCGCGCGAGUUCGCGGCGGCGCUUUCCGACGAGCUCGGCGUCUCGGAGUUCUCCCGGCACCAGAUCCACCAGUCCUCGCGGCCGCCGCGGGGCCGGCGGAGGCGCUGUCGGGGCUGGCGGCGGCGCUGCCGUCGCUGGAGGCCGCGGCCGCCGCGCGGGAGCGGCCCGCGGCGGCGCCGCAGGAGGAGCCGACGGAGUGGGUGCACGGCUGGCUCGCGGAGGCGGGCCUCGCCCACCUCAGCGACGGCUUCCGCGGCCAGGCGCUCUGCACGCGCGAGGAGGUGUUGGCGGCGUCCCUCGACGACAAGCUGUUGA